UAUGAGCUUUUGACUUAAUGUGUUUGAUCCCACAAGAUGAAAGUGCAAAGAAGAAAUCCCGUGUGGAAGGGAGAAGGCCACCCCCCCUCGACAUACGGAGUUACAAAUUCCAUCGAAAGCUGGGAGAAGGCAGCGGUGGAAAGGUGAUGUUGGCAUCAUUUGCACCAAAGAAACAGCUCGUGGCAAUUAAGAUAGUGCCGAAAAAACCAAACAGGUGCAACUAUCCGUGGAUCAGUAUGGAGGCAUGGCUCUCGAAGAUCGCCAGAGAAUGCCCCUUUCUGUGCCACUCACAUGCCACAUUCCAGUCCAAGGCCCAAGCCUUCUUUGUGCUGGAGUAUGCCGGUGGGGGGACGCUGUACAGGAUGAUUUCCCGUAAAAAAAAUUUACCAACGAAGAGCAUCCAGUUCUACACUGCAGAGAUGGUGGUUGCCCUACAGUUUCUGCACUCCAAUGGCAUCAUCCAUCGUGAUCUCAAGCCUGACAACAUCUUGGUGGAUAACGACGGACACAUCAAGAUCUGCGACUUCGGCAUCGCUGCUGCAGGAAUGUUCGCCGGAUGGAAGAUCAGGGGAUUGGCAGGAACACCUGGAUACCGUGCCCCAGAGAUGUUGUCAUUGGAGGCGUACGACGCUGGAGCGGACUGGUGGUCGCUUGGUGUCAUCAUGUACGAAAUGGCCACUGGAAGGAAGCCAUUUGUCCCGUCACUUGAUCCUGCUAAGGAGUUUUUGGAUAUGAAGCUGACAAAGGUUGAUUAUCCAAGUCACAUGAGCCAGGAAAUGCUGGACCUUCUGCCAAAGCUUCUGGAGAUGGACAAUAACAACCGUUUAGGAGUAAAUGGGAACAUCAGGGAACACCAAUUCUUUGCCGGAAUCAACUGGAGUGAGCUUGAAAAGAGAACAACUCAGACACCUUUCAAGCCCAAAAUUCAACCAGCAGAUAAAUUAAAAGAAAUUAAACCAGGAUUCUGUGCUGAGACCUCCGAGGAAAAUAAGCUAGAAGACUUUACCUAUGUGGAUUACAACUGGAAUUGGCAGGAGUAAAGCAUUUUCUGUGCUCAUGGGGACUAACAUCAAACUCCCUGUGCAACAAGUGAUGGGGGCAACAUACCAACAAACCAAAUUCCAUCUAUGGCAUCAGAUCUGCCAUCAACUGCAAGUGUUUGCCUGUAUAGCCAACUACAUCAGCCCCACAUGGGAUCCUAGACAGAAAGAAGAGGCAACUUGAAGAAGAAGACAUCGUGGGAGGCCAGAAGAGCUGCGAGCUGGAUUUUGGGCAAAGUCCCACAGACCCUUGGAUAAGGGUAAACAUCUCUACUGAACAUACAGUGCACUUAUGGUAAGGCAGUGCACUGUUAAUUAACAUCGUUCAGUAUAUUUCAAUUUCUAUUUAUAUAAGGUAAGGUAAAUAAGCUUUCUUUCUUUUCUAUCUUCUCUCCUUUCCCAUUCUGCUACCAUUUUCUUCUUCCAUGUAUUUCUUCAUAUGGUAAGUCAAUAGAUAGCAUAAGUUUAAUGUU